ACGACUUUUUGAAUUUCACUAUUCUCACUCACCCCGCCAAUGAAACUAUUAAAGUUUAGUUAGAAAGAGUACCUAUCAUAUAUUGCUAUUCGCUAGGCGACGGUGUGUAUUUCAAAUUUUUCCCAUUUUUCAAAUUGAUGUGUAAAUUGAUUUCAAAUGAGGAAGUAUUUUAGGAAAAAAGCAAAGCACAAAAAAAAAUACCUCACUACAUGGCAACUCUAGCAAAAGUUGAUUUUUGCAGGAAACUAAUGGACGAAAGAUAGUUAUUUCCGUUCCUUUUAACAAAAAUAUUUAAAAAAAUGAAAUUUGCAAAGUUUAAAACUAAGACGUCAAUACAAAUAAGAAAAAGUACAAAUAGAAUAUGAGUUGUACAUGAAAGAAGACCGGAAAGGUCAUGGAGAAAUCAAGACAGUACCGUUCGGGAACUAUAUACGUAAUUUUUUUUUUAUAUUUCCUUAUUAAAAAGUGGUUGUAGAAGAGGAAUCUCUUUGCUUUCUUAUUGAAACCGAAACUCGAAAUAUAAGUAAGUAACUAUAAUAGUCAAGUUGACAGCAGUAUGAAUGAGCGCUGUCAUUGUCGUUGUCUGUCAGCGAGACAGUCUCUGUUUCUAUGAAAUACUUUAGUCAGCGAUGAUUUAUUUUAAUUUUAUUAAAUAGAGAUUUAUUUUAUUGUAAUAGUUUCAUAUUACUGUAGUGUAAUAGUUUCAUAUGUUAACUACUUUCACAAAAGACAAUAUUGUUUUUCCGUAAUCCACUCUUAAUUAUUUAUUUUUAAAAUGCAGUCUGAAGAGAAAACGACUAGGCAAAUGGUUGAUUUAGCUGCUUUAGAACCAGCGGCUAGGGUUAAGCAGUUGGCAAACUACGGUAUUAUGGUUGAAGUGGACCCUAACGUCCCUCCCAGAAGGUAUUAUCGAUCAGGCUUAGAAAUGGUGAGGAUGGCCAAUGUUUAUUUAGCUGAAGGAAGCCUUGAGAAUGCUUACAUUUUAUAUAUGAAAUUCAUGACUUUAUUUCUGGAGAAGAUUAGGAAACAUCCAGAAUAUGCAACAGUACCCGCACAAGUGAAAGCAAUUAAUCAAACAAAGUUAAAGGAAGUAAUGCCUAAGGCAGAGAAACUGAAACAGAUUCUUUUGGAGCAAUAUGCCAAGGAGCAUGUGGCUUAUAAGCAAAAUGAGGGUAAACAGCGCAAAGCUGAAGAAGAAAGGAAAAAGCAGGAAAUGGAAGAUGCAAAACUAGCCCAACGUUUGCAGGCAGAUGAGAACAGGCUUGAUGGAUUCCAUCCUACACCUCAUUUAACACAUACAGAAGACUGGGCUGUAGCUCCUUCAGCACCGAAUGUAGAAGAUGUGUUGUACCCUGAUGACUUUGCCACAGCUCCACCACGUGCACCAGAUCAUCACUAUCAACCCACUCCUCCACUCAUACCACCUUCCAGGCCUCAUCAAGAGCACGGGUUCUCGCCGGCGCUGCCGCCGCUGUCGGCGUCGCGUCGCGUGCGUACUGUAGUGGUACCGGCGGCGUUGUUGGCUCGCUUCUUGCAGCUGGCCGCCAGCAAUACCGCGCGCAAUGUGGAGACUUGCGGCAUACUAGCCGGCGUGCUGGAACGUGACCAGCUCAAGAUCACUCAUGUAGUGGUGCCGAAGCAGACCGGUACCGCUGACUCGUGUAGUACCAACAACGAGGAGGAGAUAUUCCACUACCAAGAUCAAUACAACCUGAUCACCUUAGGGUGGAUACAUACGCACCCGACGCAGACCGCGUUCCUCUCUUCAGUGGAUCUACAUACUCAGUGUUCCUAUCAGCUGAUGAUGCCAGAAGCUGUCGCCAUCGUGUGUGCACCUAAAUACAAUGAGACUGGUUACUUUGCCUUGACACCGGACGGAAUGGGAUUCAUCACAAACUGUCGUCAGACCGGCUUCCACCCGCAUCCCAAUGACCCGCCAUUGUUUUACGAUGUGAAACACAUUAGGUUAGAUAACGCGGCAUCCGUUGAGAUGGUAGACCUUCGGAGGUGAAUCUCUUAGGCCACCUACCUGGCUUCACUGCUGUUAGUACACUGGGUAACUGUAGCAAGUAUUAAGUACACUUGCAGGGUAAGCUUAUUCAUUACAUGUUGCAUACGUUAUAGUGGGGGUAAAUUAUCCCAAGCAAAUUUGCCGCUAGAGGCGCUAGUGUAGCGUGAGGUCUUGAAAUAUCAUUUGUCACUGUUUUUCUGUCGUUGACAGGUUUAUCGCUAUUAUUUAUAUAUUUAAGGUAUUGAAAAAAUAUUGUUAUAUUGAGAACAAUAUUUUUUUUGUGAUAUUAGUUAUAUACAUCUAGAUGUUUCUGUCGCUUAUCUCUCGGAAAUUUGUUUCCUCCGUUUUUUUUUUUCUAAAUACAAUAUGAAACGGGGUGUGCUUGGUAUAUUAGGAUUUAAUUGCAAACUUGUGACGUGAAUGUGCAAUUAAAGAAUAAACUUUUUUAACACUUGCUCGUAAAGCUGAUGUAAUUCCACCGGUUUUAAAUAUGUAAAGCGGGUCAUA